UUGCACUUUACCACUCCUUCAUAUAUUGCUAAAACACAAAGUAGAUACUUGAAAAACUGUAAAGAAAAUCUUAACCAAAACAAAUGCAUAUUUUUAGAAGAUUUUGCUGAAGUUAUUAACAUGUUGUUCAGGAUGAGGUUUAAAGUUAUCACUGGAGUAACUAUAUAUAUCAAAGAAAAUCUACCUGAUGUAUCAAGCGUGAAAUACUUUUCCGAUGGUUUUGCAGCACAAUUUAAAAAUUCUAAAAACUUUAUCAAUCUUUGUUAUCACAGUAAAGACUUUGAUUUAAAUGCUGAAUAGGUAUUUUUUGCUACCAAUCAUGGUAAAUCCCCCUGUGAUGGUAUUGGUGGGACUGUUAAAAGAGUAGUAUGUCAAGAAAGUCUAAAACAAAUAACUACUGGGCAGAUUUUAGAUGUUAAUUUAAUGUACUCUUUUUGUAAAACCAAGAUGAAAGGAAUUUGUUUUAAAUUUUUUUCUAAAGAUGAAAUUGACCAAACAUGAGCACAAUUAGAAAAAAGAUAUUUAGGUGGAAGAACAGUUCCUGGCACAAGGGCGUAUCAUCAUUUUAUUCCAAUUGCUUUUAACACUAAAGUUAUAAAAAAACAAGUAUUGAUACAGAUUUGUUGAGGAUGUCGGCUGAACUGAAAAAAUUUUAUCUUAAUUAUUAUGGGAAAAUUGGUGAACUUCAACCACUAUUAAAAGCAUCUGCAAAUGUUGAUCUCAUACAAAAAUUUAUUGAUCUAUGUAUUGUUGAUGCAGUUAAUGCUCAAAUAGACGCUUAUUUCAGUGUUGAACGAAAGGAAUUUCUUGAAAAGCAAAUUCGUUAUACACCAAUUCCAUACAGUGAUAUAUUUAUGAAAGAAAAACCAGUAAUAUUAAUAUCUGGAAUAGCUGGUAUUGGGAAAACAUGGUUGCUUAGAAAAUGUUUGCUUGAUUGGUCAAAUGAUUUAAUUUGGAAAAAUGUUGAACUUGUUUUCUAUUUGGAAUGCAGGAUACUCAAUUCAUAUGCAAAUAUUUCUAAUAUUAAUGAAUUAUUAAAUAUUUUCUACAAGGAUAUUGUAAACGAUUUUAAAUUUAGUAGUCACACUGCACUGUUUAUAAUUGAUGGGUUGGAUGAGUUUAAAUAUUUCAAUGAGCUAUUAAAUCCAAGUUUGACUAGCACUCUGAUUGUUAAAGUUUUACGAGAAAUUCAAAAAUACAAACAUGUAAUUGCUGGUAGAGUUUAUGCAAUUGAUCAAUACCAAAGUAUAUCUACAGAACAUAGCGAUAAGUUAACCAUUCAAGUAAUGGGGUUUAAUGAAAAUGGAAUAAAUAAUUAUGUAGAAAAUCAUGUUAUAGAAGAAAAAAAAGAAUUCGUAAAAACAACUUUAAAGGAGUCUUCAAUUGCAAAAGCCAUGGCAUCUGUUCCGUUUUAUUUAUCUUCAAUGUGUAAAAUUAUAAGUGAUUCGAAAAAAAUAGAUACAAAUUCUUUCUUAACAAUGACAGAUUUGUAUACAAAUAUUUUUUUAUACUUUUUGCGAAAACAUAUCAUAAAAAACAAUAAACUGAUAUAUGAGAUAAUGGAAGACAGUUCCAAUAAAAAGUAUAUUUUAAAUAUUUGUAAAAUUGCAUAUAAAAUGUUUGUUAACAAUAAAAUAAUUUUUUCCAAAGAUGAAAUUCAAGCUUUUAUUAAUGACUUUGAUAAAAAUGAAGGUAAUUUCUUUGGAUUUAUAGAAAGGAUUGAAACAGAUCUUGGUUGUUAUUAUCAAUUUGCACAUUUGACAAUAAUGGAGUUUUGUGCAUCUGUAUAUGCAUAUAAUUGUUUAAGUAGUGAUGAGAUUAUGGCCAAUGAGAGGCUGAAGAUUAGUUGUUUAUCAAUGAUUUGUGGAUUAGCCAAUAAAAACCCAAACAGUUUAUUAAAGUUUCUUGUUAACCUGGAUUCUUCUAAAAAACACUAUAAAGAAUCUUCAUUUUUGUUUUCUAUUUUGGAUCGUCUAAGAAAAAGUUAUGAAAGAAAAUAUCACCAUGAUUUAUUCAUUGAAUGUUUUUAUGAAAGUCAAUCAUCAUUUAAUGAUGAAAUUAAAUCAAUUGUUGAUGAACGAGGAGAGUGGUGGAUUUCGAUUGUCGAUUGGAAAACUUCUUACUUAACUUCUUGCGAAAAUUAUUUCAUAAAUCAUUACGUAAAAUCUGGAAGAAAGUUAUCGAGCUUAUAUGUUAAUAAAAUUAUUUUAAGUGAUGAAGAAGAAAAACUUUUAAUACAAUGUUCAACUAAUGUUCGCGAUGUCAGCUUUUGGUGUCCAAUUAAUUUCGAAGGUUGGAAACCGAAAGAUAAGAUUGAAGAGUUGGAGAUAUGGAUCUCAAAUUAUUUAAUAACAAAAAAAGAUUUUGAAGAAAAUUUUCUUCCGUGGAUUAAUCUUUGUAAAGAAUUAAAUCUUUUACUUCACGACGACAUUGAUUUUAUUAAAGAAUUUUAUGAAUGGAUUCGUUGUUCGAAUGUCAAGAAGUUUGAGAUCUGGUACCGUGAAAAUCAUUUUAAUAACCUCGAUGAAUUAAAAAACUUUACAACACGAUAAAAUAUUUAAUACCUUAAAU